AUGAUGUCCUCAAAUGAGCUGUGUUAUAUUGUAACUUUUAUCGUUUAUGCCAUAUUCAGCACUUUGUACACCUUAUACACAGCUCUAAACCAUUACAUGGAAGUGGCUGAACUUAAAUUAUUACCACAGAAAUUGAAAGUUGAAAUCAAAGAAGAUGAACUCAAUGCCAUUACUUAUAUGUUAGAGUAGGCUUUUUAAACAAUCUUUUGGUUUUUGAAUUUUUAGGGUUGUGAAGUUAUUAGGGUAGAGUAGAAGUACCUUAGGGUAAGAGAAUAGGGCUUACUGUACGGCGGGACUUGGCAUACGGUAGGGUAAAGAAGUGUAGGAUCAACUAGGGUAGAGUAGGGUGGAGGUAGGAUAAGGUAGGAUAGUGCAUUUAGUAGAGUAGGGCUUACUGUGCAAGGAGGUAGGCUUACUGCAGUAUAGAACCUGUAACAACAGAAUAGAGCAAGGUAGGGAAGAGUAGAACACCUAAGGGUAAAAAAGUAGGGUAGGGUAGAGUAGAGUAGGCCAGAGUACGGUAGGGUGAAGUCAGGUAGGGUAGGGUAGAAUAGUGUGGGGUAGGGUAGGAUAGGGUAGGGUAGGGUAGGGUAGGGUAGGGUAAGGUAGGGUAGGGUAGGGUAGGGUAGGGUAGGGUAGGGUAGGGUAGGGUAGGGUAGGGUAGGGUAGGGUAGGGUAGGGUAGGGUAGGGUAGGGUAGGGUAGGGUAGGGUAGGGUAGGGUAGGGUAGGGUAGGGUAGGGUAGGGUAGGGUAGGGUAGGGUAGGGUAGGGUAAGUUAAGUUAAGUCUUGUAGUUAUAAUACUUAACUUUUUGCUGCCAUUUCAAAGGUUACGUGCUUUUUAAAAAUGAAACGUUAAAGAACUACAGGAAACGAAGCAUUCAAUGAGAUCAUCACGCUACAAGUGUUUUUCGUUAAGUCAAAUUGUUGCUAAUUUUUGGUGUGUAACACGGUGUAAUGAUGUUAUCGGAGCUAACUCUUGAGUAAAGAUCCAUACAGUAACUACUGAUGUUUGAAAAAAGGUUUAAAAAGAUCAAAUUUAAAAGAACAAAAACUAUUUUUAAACUAACCCAUCCCAUCCUAAAUUGCCUUGCCUUGCCUUCUUACAGUAAGCCCUACCCUACAUUGAGCCUUAUUGUACAGUAAGUUCUACUCUACAAUAAACGCCAUCAUACAGUGACUUCUAAUCUACAAUAAGCCGUAGCUUACCCUAAGAUGCAUUUUGAGCUACAUACUGCUCAAUCUUUUUUAAAUUUAAAAAAUUUCGUUUUCAGAUGCACAUCCACAGCCUAUCACACCUCAAACUGCCGUCUCUACAAGGUGAUGCAGGCUUGUCACUACGAUCUCAAGACCCAAACAGCUUUAUUCUUCUCUACCCGUGCCAACAUCUAUCAUCUCAAAAACCUACUAUCACUACUCAAGCCAGUCUUUCGCACCUACCCAUAUAAUCAAGUGGUGACGGCCGAAGGCAUUCACUACGCCAUUUUGACUGGACUAGUCAAAAACGAAAUUGAUAACAACCCCUUCGUAUUACAGAGUAUUGAAAGGCUUACAGCGAAGGUAAUGCCGUACUAUAACAAUUGGUGUCAGGUGUUGGAUUCGUACACCAUCUUCUUUGGCACUACUGAUCAGGUGGAUGAGAUUGUGUUCAACUACAAGUACCAUAAGGAAAGAGAGGGGUCGUUUAGGAAAUAUGAUCUGUUACCGGUUGAGAUCAAGGAAAUGAUACUGUAAGUUGAAAAAAUCAUAUUUUUGUUAAAAAACCGCAAUUUUUAGUUUUGUAAAGAAAUUUCUUGCCCAUUCACGCUCUGUAAAGAAAGUUCUUUCCAAACAACAAAAAAAUUCAAAAACGGCAUUUUACAUCACUUUAAACAAAGUUAUUGCCAAAAAAUUAAUUUCUGCACCGUGCAGCGCCAUUUGUCUUCUUUGCACAGUGCGAAAGUGCGAUCCCGUCCGAUCUGGCAAGUUAAGCAACGGUGCGCUUGAUUAUAAAAAGUUCGAAAAACACUGAGUGGAAACAAUUUUUUGACUGCUUUAUAACAUACCUAAUAUAAAUUUUGCCAUUUUUGGUUUGUAAAGAAAGUUGUCGCAGUUUUGAAAGUUUUCAAAAUUUAAAAUUUUUUUUAUUUUGUUUAACUAUUUAUUUUUUAGAAAAAAAGUGCCGACAAAACCGCGAAAACUUCAUGUAAAACACAAUGGUAAAUUCCGACGGAUUUUGCACUGUUUUGGUCAUCGACCUGGCGUCAAAGCGGAAAUGUUGAAGCCUAAUAUCUACUUACAACAACUAUAA